GUAUAAAUGAGGAAGUGGAUGUCUUCGACUUCCUUACCGUCACUUAAUAAUCUACUCCUUAAUAACCAAACAUUAUCAAUCUCCAUAUCUUACUUAAAAUAUUUGAAUAUAGAUUCAUGCAAAAAAUAUACCCGCAAUUCUGUGCUGAAGAAAGAAUAAGAAUCUGAAAUCCAGCAAAUAAAUAUGAAUUAUCGUCUUCUAUUGCCCUUUGCAGCUUUUCUCGUGCCAGUGAUAUUGGGUAUCAUAAUUUUCCAGCUCGACUCGUUCGACCCGGCGCCUUACCCGGCUGACCAGCUCAGCCGGAAGAAGCCGGUGUCGGCCCCGAGCCGCAACCGUCGCAUGUUUCACGGUUCCGAGAAGAUAGGAGUGGGGCGGGUGUGGGGCCCGGAGGACAUCUUGUACGAUCCCGAGACGGGAGUCAUUUACACCGGGUGUAUGGAUGGGUGGGUCAAGAGAGUGACGGUCAACGAGUCUUCCGCCGCCGACUCGGUGGUGGAGGACUGGGUCAACACCGGCGGCAGGCCGCUUGGACUCGCGCUUGGCCAUCACGGUGAAGUCAUAGUUGCUGAUGCUGAAAUUGGACUACUAAAUGUGACAGGAGAGGGUAAGGUGGAAGUGCUGACGGACGAGGCGGAUGGAGUAAAGUUCAAACUAACGGACGAUGUUGCUGUUGCAGAGGAUGGCAUAAUCUAUUUCACGGAUGCAUCCUGGAAAUACAGUCUUAAGGAUUCUGCUUUGGAUAUUCUUGACGGCAGAGCCUACGGCAGAUUUCUAAGUUAUGAUCCCAACACUAAGCACACUAGAGUGCUAGCCAAGGAUUUGUUCUUUGCAAAUGGCGUUGCUGUCUCUCCAGACCAGAGCUUUGUCAUUUUUUGCGAAACUCCAUUUAGAGCAUGUUUCAUGGCUCCGAGAAGAUAGGAGUGGGGCGGGUGUGGGGCCCGGAGGACAUCUUGUACGAUCCCGAGACGGGAGUCAUUUACACCGGGUGUAUGGAUGGGUGGGUCAAGAGAGUGACGGUCAACGAGUCUUCCGCCGCCGACUCGGUGGUGGAGGACUGGGUCAACACCGGCGGCAGGCCGCUUGGACUCGCUCUUGGCCAUCACGGUGAAGUCAUAGUUGCUGAUGCUGAAAUUGGACUCCUAAAUGUGACGAGAGAGGGUAAGGUGGAAUUGCUGACGGACGAGGCGGAUGGAGUAAAGUUCAAACUAACGGACGAUGUAGCUGUUGCAGAGGAUGGCACCAUCUAUUUCACGGAUGCAUCUUGGAAAUACAGUCUUAAGGAUUUUGCUUUUGAUUUUCUUGACGGAAGACCCUACGGCAGAUUUCUAAGUUAUGAUCCCAGCACAAAGCACACCAAAGUGCUAGCCAAGGAUCUGUUCUUUGCCAAUGGUGUUGCUGUCUCUCCAGACCAAAGCUUUGUCAUUUUUUGCGAAACUCCGUUGAGGAGGUGCAAAAGGUUAUACCUGAAAGGGGAAAGGAAGGGAACUGUGGAUGUUUUCGUUGAGGACUUGCCAGGGAUGCCCGACAACAUUCGAUAUGAUGGAGAAGGUCACUUCUGGAUUGCACUUGUCACGGACUUCACAUUGAGUUGGGAGCUUGCACAAAAGUACCCAUAUUUGAGGAAACUUAUGGGAUUGACGGAGUGGUAUGCAAGGCGACAGCUGAAGGACGGAGGAGUUUUCGUGGUCGACUUGGAAGGCAACCCGGUGGCUCACUACAAUGAUCGUCAUUCCUCACUCGUCUCAACUGCAAUCAAGAUUGAUAAUUAUUUAUAUUGUGGUUUUGUAACGUCUAAUUUCAUACUCAGGCUCAAUCUCACUCAAAAUCCGGCAGUUUCAAGUUGAUGAUGUCAUACGGGUAGCGCAAGAACUAUGAAAUGGGGAGUCGUUAAAACAUUUAUAUAAGUGUUCGAGAGAAACAUCAUUACUUGGAUAAUAUUCGCAAAUGUUCUUAAUAGAAACAUCAUUAUGAGCUUUUUUUGUCUUUAACUAAAACUUAUUUAUUCUCUUGAGCUAAAUUUUCAAAAUAAAAUAAUGACAAGGAUA